UGUAUGACGAAAUUCAAUUUGGUGUGCUUGUGUUGCCUUUUCAAAUGUCAAUAGGACUUUUUCAGUUUGUUUUUGCAUGCACACUCAUGCACCAUUGGAUGGAUGAUUCACACAGUUAAACGGAGCACACGGCAUGCGAUCAACUAUACACUAUGUUGCUGCUGCUGUUGUAGUCGUUGUUGUUGAAAUAACAGUUUCAUCGCAGCCGCAUUCAAAGUGUCACACACACUCUAUUGCUCAGUUUGUGUUGAGUUCCAGAAGAGUUUACAAGCCGGCGGCCAUUGAGAUUGACGACAAAACACAGUUUAUUACGAGUGCUAUUUAUUCUCAAAGAAAAACACAGAUUAUUUUCCGCGACGCAAAAAUGGAUGCAAAGCAAAAGUUUCAAAGCCAAUUUGAACGUCGACGCAAAAAACAAACCAAACUACAAAAAGAUGGCGAACAUUUGAGCAAAAUUACCGAGGCACGUAACAUUUUUCUAAAGUCGCAAAAGAUUUCGCCACAAGUGUAUAACGAACACGAGGUUUAUAUGACAGUGAUUCAGAAACGGUUUUACGAACUGUGCAAAUGUGCACCGUUGACACUUCGUGAAUAUGUCAACGUAAAAAUUCUCAAUGGAAAUUCACCAAAGGAAUUAUUUUUGAUCCGAAAAGUAGAUGAACAGAAAGCGGAAGAAUUUCAACGUGCAUUAGCAGUUGAAUACACAAACACCGAAUAUCCAUUGGUGUAUUGUAUGAAGGCUGGUUUGAUUUGUGUGGCAAAAUCAUCAACACACGGAUGGCAACGAUGCCGAAUACUCAAGCUGCACGAGAACAGCACCACCGAUGCACUUCUUUUCGAUAUUGGUAUCAUUGAACGUGUGGGCUGGAAUGACCUACGCAUCAUCGAAGAAAAGUUCGCGGAAGCAAAACCGUUUGCCAUUCGGUGUACGCUCGUCAAUGUGUUGACCGCACAACCGAUUGAACGCUUCUCUUUACAACACCAUCAACAUUUUCAGCAAAUUGUGAAGGAACAAACCGAUUUUUACAUCUCUGUCAAUCGUGCGAAUUUCAUGGCAUCAGAUGUUUUCUUAUACUACAAAGUGGACGGUGAAUUCCAUUGUGUCAACAAUAUAUUCCCAAUUCAAUCAUUGUCGGAUGAUAGUUCAGUGCAGGAGGAAGAUGUUACAUCGGAGGCGAAUGCGAUCGAAAACAGUUCGUCGACAAAGUCAAAAACCAAAUCAGAACCAGACCACGUUCAAGAAGAUUCAAUUCAAACGGCACGUAGCUCAUUUGAAACCGAACGAUCAGAUGAAUUGCCACAGAAUGCUAUGGGCCAACAGCAAAAUACGCUUGAACACCUGAUCGACACCUGUAAAAUUUCACAGCCAUGGAAUGUUAUCGUCAAACAUGUGGUUGGAAUUGACGAAAUUUACGUUUGCUUCGAGAAAUAUGUCGAAGCAUUGAACCGAUUGCGUUUUGAUGUGCAAACAUUUGUCGAGCAGCAGUCGCCAACCGGGCAGAAUGCGUGGAAAGUUGGUGAUUAUUGUUUGGCAAUUGAUCCAAACGAGGGAUCCGGGGAAUGGUUCCGUGGGAAAAUUAUGAAAAUUCAAACUCCAGAGAGCUGUAUGGUAUUUUUACGUGACGUUGGCAAGACCAUUGAAUGCAAAUCGUAUAGUUUGAAGGUCAUCAGUAAGGAUCUUCAAUUAGUGCGUGAUUUUACCUGGAAAGUGAAGUUGACGGCCGUCAAAAUGGUGAAACACUGCACGCCAAGCAUGAUGAAAGAAUUGCUUUGUGAGAUGAUUGAUGCUCAUGAGGAGGCAGCGAUAUCAGCUGUUAGUGACAACAAUAGCAAUGACUUGGGCGUUAUAUUAUGGGGCAUUAAAAGAGAAUUUAACGCAUUACUGCCGGAGCGGAUUGAAUUUAUGAACAUAAACGAAUCAUUGGUUGAAUGGAAUGUCGCCACGAGCACCGCAUCAUUUCAUGGCAUUAAAAGCAUGGUCAAUCCAUCGCAGGUCACCCAGAUUGAAGACGAUACAACAAAGUUGCAUGACGAGGAUAACGAGGAUCUUGAAGCCAUGAACUUUUCCAAUCUUGAAAAUCCACGUUUGUUGCCAUUGUUCAAAAUACAGAAAUACCGAAUGGUGACAGACAAAACCAUGGAAGUGAAAUGCUGGCUGCCGUCUGAACGAAUCCGUGAAAAGAAAUUCGUUGCAUUUCCGAUGUAUGUGAGCCAAAAGUUGAUCAUUCAUGUGCUGGAGGCAAGUCGCAAAACUGUAUGCGACGAGAUAAGGGAAAUGCUCGAUAAAAAAUAUCGGGAUAAGCAACUUGAACGAAAAGAAUCCAUUGAAUGGAAGAAGGAAGAUGCGUGUUUUGCUCGAUACGGUGGAGACUAUCGCUUCUAUCGUGGCAUCGUUCGUCGCGUGAAUUACGCAAAAAACACAUGUGUAGUUCGAUUCAUCGACUACGGCAACUGUGAAACAUGUCUCCUUGAUGAUCUAAGAAAGGCGAAUUUUUUCGGCGACAUCCCAGCACUAACGCGACAAUAUCAGUUGCACAACAUUCAACCAACAACAUCGAAUGGAUUAUGGCCAGAUCAUGUACGAAAUUUCUGUUCAAUGUUGAUUGUCGAACGUCAUUGCGAUUUGAUAGUCAUCGAUGAUAAUCAAUCGAAUGGAGCUGAAGCAACACAAGAAGUGGAAAGUUGUCGUCUGGACCUUUUGACCAAACACAAAGAUCUUGCAACGGCACUCAUCAAAAACGGCCAUGCUCAAUUGAUCUUCGACGAUGAUCACGUUUCAAUUUGAUUGGAUUUGUGGCGGGUGCCAACAAUCUAAAAUCGAAUCUCUUUUCUUUUCUUUUCUUUACUUUUCAUUAUAUAUUCGUAUAUAUUUUUAUUAUUUUUUUCAAAUAAAACACACCGAUAUUAGGGAAAUGCCUGAAUUUGUAA